CCUAUUUUCGAAGUUCUUCAGACGAGUCUCUCCUUGAUUUAGCAACUUUUUUGUUGGAAAGAAAUUGAAGCAAGUCUUUUGAAGUUCAACGUUAGAAACUCGUGUUCCAUGAGGCCUAGUGUGAACCCCGAUCCAUCUGAUAAAGAUUCCGAGCCUUUCGUCGAGAUUGAUCAAACGGGCCGGUACGGCCGUUACAACGAGCUGCUUGGGUCUGGGGCAGUGAAAAAAGUCUACCGCGCGUUUGAUCAAGAAGAAGCAAUAGAAGUAGCAUGGAACCAAGUCAAACUACGAAACUUCAUCAACGAUCCCGCCAUGAUCGACAGAAUUUACUCCGAGGUCCGGUUGCUAAAAACCUUAACGAGCAAGAACAUCAUUGCCUUGUACAAUGUGUGGAGGGACGAGGAGAAAAACACGUUGAACUUUAUCACCGAGGUGUGUACGAGUGGGAAUCUGAGGGAGUAUAGGAAGAAACAUAGGCAUGUUUCUAUGAAGGCGUUGAAGAAGUGGUCCAAGCAGAUUUUAAAGGGGUUGGACUACUUACAUACCCACGAGCCUUGUGUUAUUCAUAGAGAUCUCAAUUGCAGCAAUGUUUUCGUCAAUGGGAACGUUGGACAGGUAAAGAUUGGCGAUUUGGGUUUGGCAGCAAUCGUGGGGAAGAGCCAUAUGGCACAUUCAGUACUAGGGACGCCGGAAUUCAUGGCACCGGAGCUAUACGAGGAGGAUUAUACAGAAUUGGUGGACAUAUACUCGUUUGGAAUGUGCUUUCUAGAGAUGGUGACUUUGGAAAUUCCCUAUAGUGAGUGUGACAAUGUUGCUAAAAUAUACAAGAAAGUGUCGUCUGGGGUGAGACCCCAGGCCAUGAGCAAAGUUAAGGAUCCUGAGGUGAGGGCAUUCAUUGAGAAGUGCCUUGCACAACCGAGGGCAAGACCCUCUGCAGCCGAGCUCCUCAAGGAUCCAUUCUUUGAUGAACUUGAUGAUGAUGAAAAUGAUGAAAUUAUGAUCGUCGUUUAGUGUUAGUUGUUAACAUGAUAUUUGUUUAUUUAUUGAUUAUUUUGGACGAAAAUGGGGAGGGUGGCUUGUGGAUUUGACAUCAUCUUCCUUCUCUUUCUCUCUUUUAGAGGAAUUGGAUAAAGAUUCAAGUGUUUGAUUAGGGAUGGUGUUGUUUUGUAAGUUGAAGUUUGAAGA